AUGCAGCAGCCCAACCGUGCGUACCACUCUGUCGCGUGUGCCCUGCACUGUUACAACACCACACUAACAAACAAACCAACCCCGUCCAUUCCACUCGAUCCCGACACUUGGUCUCAUCUUUGCACCGAAGCUAAUAUCACAUUUGUGUGCACAGCAAUACCCCAAUCCGGUCGGACAGCCGCGCCCCUUCAGACAACCAUACCCCUCGGCUCCGACGAGUCUCCUACGUCGCACCAUAACCCUACCCCCCCGCCAGACCGACUAGCCCCCAGAAAUGCGUCUUCUCCAGGGCUCGCUAUUCUGCACAGCAGGGAGUCCUCUGUCUCUGGGUCAAGAGGGAGACCCGUCGAUGCUUCUGGCCGAGGCCUUACAACGCUCCAACCCCAGUCGCGAAGCCGCGGUCAGUCUCAUUCGAAGAGCCCGGAAUCCAAUGUUGCCCGGCCAGAAGGUCUUGUUGAGCGCAAGCCUUCCUUGUCAUCCUACGGACAUCACCGGAAGACAUCCAUUGUCCAUGGCAUCCAGCAUUCCCGCGGCCCAAGUUAUACUUCAACCUCGGCGAGUCCUCUGAGCCCGGAAAUCAUUGCAUCUGCAGGCUCAGGUAGCAUGGCCGGCUUAUCUAUAGCACCAGAGAAUCUGUUUUCCAGUCGGACUGACGACCUGGACUCGCUUUUGAAAUUUGCAAAUAACGGAAGCAAUGGCUCUGUGCAUACACAGACUAGCGGUCUCAGCACGAUCCAAGAUGACGAUGAACUUAUAAGUCUUGGCCAGACAGUGACGAAGCGCAGCAAUACUACCCACAACAAGGUGCCAUCAAAUAGCAAACUCAGGCGAGAACACUCCCACGGCCGCGCGCAUUCAAAGCAUCACCAGGAGUCAAAGACCGCCGGCGAGUAUGCUCUACAUCACCUCUUCAAUUCUUUCGUUGCCCAUGCAGACAAUAAGAUUAAUCAAAGCAUCGUCAAGGUUGGUGAGGUUGAGGCGCCAGUGGAAGAGGUGUGCGGCGAAGGUGCAGACCCCGUUUUCGAUCAGCUUAUUUCUGCCUUGGGGCAUAUCGCUCGCCAGAAACCGAAACCAUUGAUUGAUACCAUCAUGCUGUGGCGAAGAGCAAAAGGUGAAGCGGCAACGACAGCCAAGAAUCCUCAGAAACCGCAAAGCUCUGAAAAUUCAACACUUCUUCGUCGAAAUACAGAGCCUGUCCAGGCGGGAAGCUCUGAAUCAGAUCUGAGUUUGGAAAGCGCACAACCCUCUUUCGCACAGAAACAGGAUGGCAUUCAGCUUCUUGAGCGCCGGGCUACCGUUUCGGUGUAUCUCGUUUGCAGAGUACUGAUCGAAAUAUUCAACCAAAGCAGCGUUGAAGCGAUCGGGGCCGACAUGACGGAGCGAUUAGAAGACAUAGUAUUCGGUCAAUUGAAGGCAGUGGAUCCGGAACAGGUUGCGGCCUCUCCGUUACGUAUGGCAAACUGGAGGAUCUACGGUCAAUUUUUAGGCAGAAUGAGUGAGAUCAACUUUACCGGCGUCGCAAAGCGCUUCAUCAGCGAGCUUGAACGAUACCAGAGAGAAGCCAGUCUCCGCGGCCAGUCUCAAGAGCUUGACGCCAAAGUAGAAUUGUUAAUUUUGGGAAUGCGGCAUUUCAGCAUCAAGACCUAUCCUGAAGAAGCGUGGAGCAAAUCCUGCGAGUAUAUGAGAUCCUUAGCUGGGCUUUUUGUCAACGCUCAUGGACAACGGGUCAAGCAGGCAUAUUGCUACAUUAUCGAAAAAGUUCUAAUUUCGAUUGCAUCGAAUCCUGCGUGUGACGUAGGUCAUCCGCGGUGGAAGGAGUUUUUGGAAGUGAUAACUCCACGCCUCUCGCAAAUGAUUGCCAAGCCUCGACACUGGAUGACCGUGUUUCCUAUACAGACGAUCUUGCUCUGUGUCUCUUCAAAGGAUGUGUUUGCUAGCCAGUGGCAAUCUCUAGCACUCAGUUUACCUCCGCGACUCAGAGAUCGGCCUACUCGAGGAUUGGCGCUCCAGGCACUGUGCCGGUUGCUAUGGACGUAUUUAUUCCGCUACCCGGACCCUCCUAAUGUCACGCUUAGAAGGGUUGACGAGGUCAUUAAAGUCGCGCUGCCUCCGGGGAAGAAAACAUAUCUUACAACAGAGCCUUCCGUGGCAGACCCCUUGAAGCAACUUAUUCGGAUGACCGGUUUUAAGCUCCCAGACCUGUGUUUCCGCAACAUCAUCUUUCCCCUAAUAAAUUCGGACCUCUUCUUGUCUGGCAAGGAACUCAAAAUCGAACAAAUGGAACCCGAGAAGAUGGUGGUAGGAAUCCGGUCAUUCCUUGCCAUUAUGUCUGACCUAGAGAACGGCGAUCAAUUAUACCCACCUUUUCCAGCUGGUCCAAUUUCUACGCACUUUGUCGACAUCCCCAAUUUUCUACUUCCACCUCGCUCACAGCUUCUAGCAGAUGCCAAGCCUCGCGCAGUCUCUGCGGACACAUCGACCCUCUCGCGACCUGUGAAUGUCUCCAAACUUAAUCAGGUAGCGAAGGAUUACUACAUUCAGUUUUGUGAAGUCCUUGGGAAGAUCACUCUUCUCUGUGAUAAUACAUUUGGUGGACAGGCAGCUCUUGAUGAAAAGUUUGGUAGCUCAACACCCAAGACUCCCAUAUCGGAAGCAUUCAGUUUUACUCGGCGCGACGAUCAUGCAACUCUUAUUGACCAAAGGCAAAGUUUUUACGAUCUGCUUCAUGUAGCUGUACAGGCGCUUCCCAGAUGCUUAUCCGACCAUAUACCCUUCAACUCUCUCAUUAACCUCCUCUGCACAGGAACUGCGCAUGUUCAGCCCAACAUAGCCAGAUCUUCCGCGGAGUCUUUGAAAUCAAUAGCACGCCAGAUGCAUGCGCAACAGGUAACCAUUGGGUUUGCCAGGUUUAUCUUUAAUUUUGAUGCUCGGUAUUCCACCAUGUCGGAUGAAGGCAUGCUUGGACCUGGCCAUAUCGAGUCUACAUUGACUUUAUACGUUGAACUCUUGAAAAUUUGGAUCGAAGAGAUUCAGCAGAAGACCAAGGAAAUUGCAACUGAUCAAGCUGAAAAUAAUGUCGGUUCCGGUACUCGGGCGCUACAGCUCGAUCUUUCUAGCGUGCUUGCGCAUGUCGAGGAAAUCGAAGCACACGGUAUAUUUUUUCUGUGUUCUCAAUCUCGCAGGGUGCGUCGCUUUGCAAUUUCAGUUCUGCGAUUAAUCACUGAAUUCGAUCGCGCCCUGGGAAAAGAGAACACUAGGGUCAUUCGAAUUCUGGAAGCAGAUUCCCACGAGAUCAUGGAUCUCAAUGAUGAGCAGCUGACAGUUGCCGAAAGGAGUCGUCUACAAAAGGGUAAAAGAAGGAGUAGCCCGCAAAAUACUCUCAUUGAAUUAUGCAGCAGCGAUGUUUCUUACGACUCAAGUCUUUGGGUAAAAGUGUUUCCAAACAUUGUUCGUGUCAGCUUUGAGACGUGUCCAGUUGCAGUCACUCUUGCUCGAGGGAUCGUGUGCGCCAGACUCAUACAGAUGCACAGAAAUAUAACCGCCCUAGCAGAAAGCCAGCGACUCCAGCAGUACGCGCCUUACGACACGGGCCACGGGCGAUCCCUCGGCCGAGCCAGGUCACCCGCGGAGAUCAUGAUUGAACAAUGGAAACUUUACCUCUUAAUGGCUUGCACAACACUAAAUAGUGUGGGUGCUCAGUCUCAGAGCCAGCUUGCCAACGCUCAGAAUGCUCGUAGAACUUCGAAAGGAAUGCAGUCCGCCCAGGAAAAAAUCGGCUCCGCCCGAGCUCUCUUUGCCUUUGUGAUUCCAUUACUGUCUGCUUCAUUGGAUUCGAUAAGAGAUGCCAUUGUCUUCGCAUUGGGAUCUAUCAACAAGAGUUUAUACAGAACUCUUCUUGAAUCUUUGCAAUAUGCGGUGACAACAUGCACUGAAGAGGCCAAAUUACGAAUUGGUACUCACAGCCGAACUCCAAGCAGUCCCCGUCGCAGCCGAAAGACAGAUCGCCUGCGCACUGAAGUCACCCACGUAUAUAAACUUACAUCUACCUUCCUCAGGGAAUCAGAAAUUUUCAAUGAUGACUGGAUUGUCAAUAACCUGAUAAAUUACGCAAAGGAGUUACGCAUCUUUCUUAGCGAUGCUGAAGUGCAGAAUGACUGGGAAUUCCAACGUCUGCGAUACCAUUACUGUGGCCUUAUGGAGGAGCUUUUCGAAGGCAUCAAUCGUACAAAAGAGCCCUCUCGCUGGAUGCCCUUUGAGUCGCGUAAAUCGGCCUUUACCUUGAUGGAGGGUUGGUGCGGAUACUCACCGAGUCAAGCACAUAUUGCUCGAAGAGAAGAUAGUAUGAGACGCUUUGUCUUGGCCCAACAACAUGAACUCGGAGACCUACGAAACCCUGCAGCUAUGAUAGAAAUCGAGAAGAGAAACCUACAAUCUGCAGCGCUGAGCGCAAUGUCGUCAUUAUGUGCUGGCCCAGUAAGUACGACAACAGAAGGCGGGUCAAUCCUUCAGUUUGAUGUGAGCCGAAUGCUGGUUUGGAUUGGCAGUAUUUUUGAAACCCCCAGUGACAAAUUGCACACCACUGGUCGGCGAGCAUUGAGAAACCUUAUUGUGCACAACAAGGAGUACCCAUAUUUACUCGAACGCAUGGUAGAUAUGUGCUACGGAAUCGACCGGGAAAGGCGCAUUCGGGACAAGGCGCUUGAAAGCUACUUUGAUGUCGUGAACCAGGUUCUAAUAGAGGAGACUGAUUACCCAUUGGCAUUCUGGAGAAUAGUGGCUAUCGUUUUAUACAUGCUAGGAAACGAAAAAAGAGACAUCCGCAUGAAAGCAGCGAAGCUUCUUCGUAUUUUGGAGGAACGACAGCAGAAGAAUUCCAGACUUCAGGACUUCGACAUCAGCCUUUCUGACAAGACAACAGCUGUCCAUAAGCUUGCUCAGUUCGAAAUCUCCAAAAGACUCGCAUCACAAUAUCCGGACCUUGGAUUCUUCGUAUUUUCUGACCUCUCCAAACAUUUUGCUAAAACCAUGUCGCCUGACGAGCAGCGGAAUGUUGUUAUGGCGAUCUUGCCUUGGGUUCAAACAAUGGAGUUGCAAGUCGAUCCAAAUCAGCAACCUACUCCGCGGUCAUAUAUGCUCCUCAUGAAUUUACUCGAGAUCACUAUCCUCCGGUGCAAGCUGCUACCCAAUGAGGUGCAAGCUCUUUGGCAAGCACUGGCCACAGGCCCCCAUGGAGGAAACGUGCAAGUCAUUCUUGAUUUUAUUAUUAGCCUCUGUUUGGAACGGAAGGAACAGAAUUUUGUUGAGUAUGCCAAGCAGAUUGUGGUAUUCCUGUCGUCUACUCCUGCUGGUUCCAAAGUGAUCGAAUUCUUCCUAUUGCACGUGUCACCAAAGUACAUGAUACAAGAACGCAAAGAUGAUGUCCCGCCACCACCAGACAACCGAGGAUUGCCCUACGUAGCCAAUAUAGAUGACGUUCUACCAAUCGGCAAUAAGCAGGCUGGUCUGUCCAUGGGUCAGCUUUCUAUGAUUUUUCUUGUGGAUUUAAUAAUAGGCCCUGUUACAUUGGCACUACAAGACGUCAUCAAGCUAUUACACGUGGUUUUGAUCUUGUGGGAUCAUUAUACCUUUACGGUACAGGAGCAAGCACGGGAAAUGCUUGUUCACCUCAUUCAUGAGCUAGUCGCCUCAAAAGUCCAGGAUAAGGUCUCACCGGAAGUGCGACACGCUAUUGAGGACUUUGUCGAGUCAAUUCGCAAGAGUGAAGCGUCAGUGAUCUGGGAAUAUGAGGACAAUACUGACAAAGAAGAAGACGACGGUACCAAAGUCCCAACGGCAAUGAAUCUUGUGACGCGACAGGUGGUGCAGUUUUUCAAUCUCGUUUUCGAGGAUGUUAACGAUCUCUGGUCCAAAGAAGCCUUGAAUUGGGCCACAUCAUGUCCUGUGCGGCAUUUGGCUUGCCGUUCUUUCCAAGUGUUCCGAUGCAUCUCGACAUCGUUGGAGCCAAGGAUGCUGGCAGACAUGCUUGCUCGGCUCUCUAAUACAAUAGCCGAUGAAGAAACCGACUACCAAACAUUCUCUUUGGAAAUACUCACAACCUUAAAAGUCAUAAUUAAGUCCCUUUCAUCGCCGGAUCUUUUGCAAUACCCACAGCUUUUUUGGACUACGUGUGCUUGUUUGAACACUAUACAUGAGGCUGAAUUCAUGGAAAGUAUCGGUAUGCUUGAGAAGCUUUUGGAUAAGAUUGAUAUGGGUGACCCCAGUGUCGUGGCUACUUUGAAUGACGCGCAGCCUCCUCAGUGGGAGGGGUGUUUCACUGGUAUCCAAGAGCUGGUGUAUAAGGGCUUGAAGUCUUCAGAAUCUUUUCACGACACACUGAGUUUGCUGCACCGAAUGACACCCCUGCCGGACAAUGAUCUUAUUGGAGGUAGGGGUCGAUUACUUUUUGCGACUCUAGCCAACAUACCCAGCUUUCUUCACCAAUUCGAUGCAAAUACAAAGGACCCAAUAAUUCUGGAUCGGGCUAAUUUACUGGGUCAAGUGGCCGAAAGACACGGCUUUGAGCGACUGGCUGCCUGUUUAGUUGGAUUUGCAAACGUGCAGUGGAAAAAGGAGCAAGAUUUCUUGCAGCAUAUGAUGUCAGAAGUCUCUUCGUAUUGUUUUCCAGAGCAAGAAGUACAGAGUCUGGUAUUCGUGAUGGGCCUGUUGACAAACGCGACGCAAUGGUUCCGAGUCAAGACUUUGAACAUGUUGUGCGUGUUGAUCCCAGAAAUGGAUAUGCGGCGACCCGAGAUCACCAGCUAUGGGCCAGAUUUGAUAUCACCUCUUCUGCGAUUGCUUCAGACGGAGCUCUGUCCACAGGCGCUCGACGUCAUGGAUCAUAUCAUGACGGUCUCAGGAAAUCCUAUGGAAAAGCAUCAUUUGCGAAUGAGUAUGGCGUCAUCAUCGUCUUCACGAGCUAUUCGGAAGCAAUACGAACGCAUCCAGAGCCUCUAUGGCAUUCCAGAACCUACUGGAUGGUCAAUCCCAAUACCAGCGGCACAGUCGGCUAGCACACGUCACAAUGUCCACGCGGUAUUUUACACAUGCGCAGAGGCCGAUCGCAUGGAGGCACACCGAGUCUCGACGCCAGAAGUAGAAUUCAGCACUGAAGAAUACAAUGAAUCCUACUUCCCCUCAAUGCGAGCAGAUACUAUGAAGUCGUUUGACACGCAAACAGAUGGAAACCUGGGUGAGAUCGUUCAGCGGUUGGAUAGCUUGGAUGACUUCUUCGAUGAGAACGACUUUGGCUUCCAGAAUUCCUCUUUUAACACAAUGUCAGAGAUGCGUGGCUAUCCGGGUAGCUUCGCCGACACCUCGGCUAGUCUUUAUGACCAACAAACGGCGCCUAUUCUUCGCAAGUCUCUUGCAAGGACCCCUUCGUCAUCUUCGUUCCACAAUGGCCUCGCUGAAACAUCACGGCCACCGACACGACUCGAGGGUGUGCUUCCUGUGACAUCGCCUCCGCUUGCUCUAGGCACUGGUGGAAAUGCGUUGCGGCCAGCGAUGCAUAGUCGCUCCGUGACCUCACCCUCCAACCACCUGACCAAUCAUCAUACACCUAGUCUUUCUACUGCUAGCAUGACACCUCGUCCUUCAAUGGAGUCGACCUUACUGUCGGAUAGUGAGGUUGAAAUUGAGGAGAGCUUCUCAGAUCUUGACGAACGCGUGGCGCUACAGCCACCAUCCCGCAGUACAUCAUCAUCUCUACGGAAGGGAUCAGAGGGCACGUCUUCUUUUGAAUCCAUGAUUCGCAGUGGAAUGCGGCGUCUUACAGGUGGCACCGCCUCUAGUCGUGAAAAGGAACGGCAGCGUGACCUAUUACGGGCUCACCAACGAGCGGCCGUUCAGAGAGCCAACUCUCCGCGGGUUCCCAAGGUCCCUGCGGAAUAUCUUACCGGCCCAGUAAGCAGCCCGACUUCUCCAGGCCAGGGGGAGAAAUAG